GAGCGGGCGGGCGGGCACGGCGGGUUCCGGGCCAGCCUCGGGGGCGGACGGUUGGCCAGGCUCGCGGAGCCUAGCCGAGGCCUUGCCGGAGCUGGGCCGGGCUGCAGGGGCCGUCGCCGCCCGGGCCCGCCGCCCGCGCCCCCCACGCUGGCCCAGAGGGCUGCGGCCGCGUCGCCGCUGAGGAUGUCCCGGAAGGGGCCGCGAGCGGAGGUGUGUGCGGACUGCAGCGCUCCGGACCCCGGCUGGGCCUCCAUCAGCAGGGGUGUGCUGGUGUGUGACGAGUGCUGCAGUGUGCACCGGAGCCUGGGACGCCACAUCUCCAUCGUCAAGCACCUUCGCCACAGCGCCUGGCCCCCCACUCUGCUGCAGAUGGUGCACACACUCGCCAGCAACGGGGCCAACUCCAUCUGGGAGCAUUCCCUGCUGGACCCCGCGCAGGUGCAGAGCGGCCGGCGCAAAGCCAACCCCCAAGACAAAGUCCACCCCAUCAAGUCAGAGUUCAUCAGAGCCAAGUACCAGAUGCUGGCUUUUGUGCACAAGCUGCCCUGCCGGGACGAUGACGGAGUCACCGCCAAGGACCUCAGCAAGCAACUCCACUCGAGCGUGCGGACGGGAAACCUGGAGACAUGUCUGCGCCUGCUGUCCCUGGGCGCCCAGGCCAACUUCUUCCACCCAGAGAAGGGCACCACACCGCUGCAUGUGGCUGCCAAGGCAGGGCAGACGCUGCAGGCCGAGCUUCUCGUAGUGUACGGGGCUGACCCUGGCUCCCCCGAUGUUAACGGCCGCACACCCAUUGACUAUGCCAGGCAGGCGGGGCACCACGAACUGGCGGAAAGGCUAGUCGAGUGCCAGUAUGAGCUCACUGACAGGUUGGCCUUCUAUCUCUGUGGACGCAAGCCGGAUCACAGGAAUGGGCAUUACAUCAUCCCACAGAUGGCAGACAGAUCUCGGCAAAAGUGCAUGUCUCAGAGCCUAGACCUGUCCGAGUUGGCCAAAGCUGCCAAGAAGAAGCUGCAGGCGCUCAGCAACCGGCUUUUUGAGGAACUUGCCAUGGACGUGUAUGAUGAGGUGGAUCGAAGAGAAAAUGACGCUGUGUGGCUGGCAACCCAAAACCACAGCACCCUGGUGACGGAGCGCAGUGCUGUACCCUUCCUGCCCGUUAACCCUGAAUAUUCAGCCACGCGGAAUCAGGGGCGACAGAAAUUGGCCCGCUUUAAUGCCCGAGAGUUUGCCACCUUGAUCAUCGACAUUCUCAGUGAGGCCAAGCGGAGACAGCAGGGCAAGAGCCUGAGCAGCCCCACAGACAACCUCGAGCUGUCUGUGCGGAGCCAGAGUGACCUGGACGACCAGCACGACUACGACAGCGUGGCCUCAGACGAGGACACAGACCAGGAGCCCCUGCGCAGCGCCGGUGCCACUCGGAACAACCGUGCUCGGAGCAUGGACUCCUCAGACCUGUCAGACGGGGCCGUGACACUGCAGGAGUACCUGGAGCUCAAGAAGGCCCUGGCUGCCUCCGAGGCAAAGGUGCAGCAGCUCAUGAAAGUCAACAGCAGCUUGAGUGAUGAGCUCCGGAGGCUGCAGCGGGAGAUCCACAAGCUGCAGGCCGAGAACUUGCAGAUCCGGCAGCCGCCGGGGCCAGUGCCCACAGCCCCACUACCCAGCGAACGAGCGGAGCACAUGCCCAUGGGGCCUGGCGGGAGCACCCACCGCAGAGACCGCCAGGCCUUCUCCAUGUAUGAACCGGGCUCUGCCCUGAAGCCCUUUGGAGGCCCACCUGGGGAUGAACUCACCACCCGGCUCCAGCCUUUCCACAGCACCGAGCUGGAGGAUGACGCCAUCUAUUCAGUGCACGUCCCUGCUGGCCUUUACCGGGUCCGGAAGGGGGUAUCGGCCUCAGCUGUGCCCUUCACUCCCUCCUCCCCACUGCUGUCGUGCUCCCAGGAAGGAAGUCGCCACUCGAGCAAGCUUUCCCGCCAUGGUAGCGGCGCAGACAGUGACUAUGAGAACACGCAAAGUGGGGACCCGCUGCUGGGCCUGGAAGGGAAGAGGUUUCUAGAGCUGGGCAAGGAAGAGGACUUCCACCCGGAGUUGGAAAGCCUGGAUGGAGACCUCGACCCUGGGCUUCCCAGCACAGAGGAUGUCAUCCUGAAGACGGAGCAGGUCACCAAGAACAUUCAGGAAUUACUGCGGGCUGCCCAGGAAUUCAAGCAUGACAGCUUUGUGCCGUGCUCAGAAAAGAUCCAUUUGGCUGUGACUGAGAUGGCCUCUCUCUUCCCAAAGAGGCCAGCCCUGGAGCCAGUGCGCAGCUCCCUGCGGCUGCUCAACGCCAGCGCCUACCGGCUGCAAAGUGAGUGCCGGAAGACGGUGCCCCCGGAGCCUGGCGCCCCUGUGGACUUCCAGCUGCUGACUCAGCAGGUGAUCCAGUGCGCCUACGACAUCGCCAAGGCUGCCAAGCAGCUGGUCACCAUCACUACCCGAGAGAAGAAGCAGUGACCACUCUCCCUGCACCCUCACCCGCACCCUGGGACCUCACUGGCCAUGGGAGCUGGGCCACUCCAGACACUAAUCCCCACCCCAACAGAGCCGCUGGCACAAGUACCCUUAGUGCUGCCACUCUCUCCUGGCAGCCAAGUGCCCUGGUGCCCGUCCCCCUCAAGCCCCCAAGGAUGGGGAGGUGAGGUGACAGGAGCUUCUGUCCCCUACAUUCCAUGCACCUCUCCCUGUACAUAGCAUCCCCUCCCCCUCUAGUGUGCCGGGGCCUGCAAGGCGUCACUCCCAGCCCAUUGCCCUCUAGGGCACCCUCAGCAAAGGGUGGGGUGGGUACACUCCAAAUGGGGUGGUUCCCUUACAUGCACCCCAGCCCCAUGAGCCAGUCCAGCCCUAUUGGGGGCUGAGCGGGGGCAUCCCCCCUUGUACAUAAUACCUGUGGAUGUCCCCACCCUGUAGCCACCAGCCCCCUGCUGCUCUCCUUCAAUGCCAAACGGCCCCAGCCUAAGGCACAGGCCCCAACCUGUGUUCCUGGGGUCCCCAGCAGCAAACACUGGAAAAGUCUUCUUUUUUCUCUCUCUCCUCUCUCCCACCCCUUAAUUUUAACGUUGUGGUAACUGAGUGUCCCUGCGUGCCUGCGUGUGAGUGUGCGGGGCGGCAGUGCCGUUCCGGAGGCCUGGCCCAUCUGGAGUUUUGUGAGGGGGGUGAGGGGACCAGAGCAGCGGGACCCGUGUUGGGCGUUGGCCCCUCUCCCCCAUCCUGGGGCUAGGGACUCCCGGGGUAACCAGCUGGGGUCCUGCUCUCUGCCUCCCCUCAUUGUUCCCCCCACUCAUACCCUUUCUCUAUGAACGUAAAAGGAAAACCACUUGGCUCCAUCUCUCUUCCCCUCCCUUGUGGAGGGGGAUCGUGCUGGUUGGGGCAGAGAACUGAGCACCUGAGCCUGGGGCUGGCUCCCCGGGGUCCCUGACUCAGCUGAGAGCCCCCUCCCUGUAACCUCUGAGAGGCCAGUGCCUGCAGUAUCUGGGUCCCUGGAGCCUGGGCUGCAGCCUGGGAAGGCUGAGAGGCAGAUGGCAGCGCCCACCAGCUCCUCUCCCCAUCCCACUUCUGUCCCGGGGGCCAGGCUCUACCUGUGUGGUGGUGGUGGUGGGCUGAGUGUCAAGAUGUGUGUCAUGUACAUUUGUAUCAAAAAUAAAUAAGUGACCAUGUGC